AUGGAAACUGAAGUCAUGAGGAAUGAAUUGACCCCAUCCACCUCCUCCAACCGUAUAUUGGAUCUGUCCGUGCUGCCAGAGGUAUCAGAAAGUGUCCAGACACCUCAAAGAUUCGAGGAACCAUAUGUCGCGGAUGAAUGGAAAGCGACACCAGUGACAAAACAAGAGCACGCCCACUUGAGGAGUGCAAGGGACGCGAGAGACAACCUCGGCGUGAUCCGAGAGAUGCUUGUUAGAGGGAGUUGUGUCAAUCUGUCAUGCAGUCUCUGGCUGCAGACUGAAAUCGCGUCCCAAACUCACAUCAUCAGGGAGAACGGCCUGUUGACCGACAGAUCCCACAUGGCACCACGCUGA